AUGGCAAGUAUCGGAUGUAUUCGUGGACGCUUAUUAGGCCUUUUACUUGUUUUUAUUUUACUGGACUGUGCUAAGUCACAACUAACCCAGGACGAACAACUUCUGUUCUUGGAGACCCAUAAUGUUGUCCGCGGAAAAGUUGAACCAGAGGCAGCCGACAUGAAGUUCAUGGAGUGGGAUGUUAACCUUGCAGCCAUGGCCCAACAGUGGUCCGACAUGUGCAUUUUCGACCACGGCCAGCCAACCCCAAACCUCAGCCCAGACUUCGCCAUCAACAAGAUCGGCCAGAACCUUUUCCUGUCGACAAGUGGUCAGGGGAGACGGCCAAACGCUGAGGGCAUCGUGAAUGCCUGGUUUAACGAGAUCCGAUACUACUCUUACGAGACGGGUAGCUGCCAGGAUGGCAAGAAGUGUGGACAUUAUACACAGAUUGCGUGGGCUUCCACCUACGCAGUUGGUUGUGGGAUGAGUUUCUGUGAAACUGCCGACAAAACGAGCCACGACAAUGUGUGGAUUGCGACGUGUAACUAUGGUCCGAACGGAAACGUCAGAGGAGCAAAGCCGUAUGCAGUGGGCCCGAGCUGCACCAAAUGUUCCACCGGAAUUGGGCAAUGCUACAACAACCUUUGUCGUCCUUGUUCAGAACACACCGAAGAUUGCGCCAUCUGUGAGGACAAGGACGAGAAAUGCGGCAGCUUCAAUGGCGGCUAUCCACCAUUCUGGUGUGAUGAUGACAAACAUAAAUUCAUUCUCAACUUAUGUCCAGUAACGUGCGGACUUUGUGUCGCGGAACAGGAUCCAGGCUUCGAGUGUGACACGGUCAUGCCGCAGCCGUCCACUUGUCCAAAUAUAGAAUGCCAGAAUGGUGGAAGCUUCGAUGGGGAUUCUAGCUGUACGUGCAGAUGUACGCCACAGUAUCAAGGGAACAUGUGUCAACAUAACCGUGAGCAGGCAGAAGCUGGUGUUAUUCUUAAUCUGCGGGGAGACUUAACUUUGUGGCCCAGCGUCCAUCCGACUCUUACAACCAGUAUCGCCACAAUCUUGACAACAUUUUGCAACGACAACUUUGAGUCAUGCUGCCUGCAGGGGGACUUGGAAACACCAACAGAAAGGCUGUCAUACGUCAAUGAAUCUCAUGUCCAGCUAGGAGACGGCUACCCUGAGCCAAGAGAGGCAAUAGAGGGCGCGUUUGCUGCGAUGUUCACCGUCACACCGCCAGAGAAUAACGACCUGUGCAGAAAUGGCGGGAAACCCAAAGCUCGCAGACGAGCAGCUUUCGACAUUGAUGAUGAAACACGUCACGUUGUUCGUAAAAGGGAAACAACUAAAGGUAUGAUUACGAAGAAGUUAAAGACUCCUCUCAAGAAUGGAUUAAAGGUGUCUUAG